AUGGCUGUUCCAUUGGAAAUCGCCAAUGCCUCGGGUCCGGACGACGAAAGUGGAACCCUGGUGAAGAAGAACCUUGCGGAAUCGGGACAGAAGGAGCUGAGUGAUGGCCACCAGACACCCUGGAUGAUCAUGGCUGGGAUCUACUUGGUGCCGGCCACCGCCUGGGUGAUGUCGGUCUGGGCCAUGUACUUCGUCGAAGGGCUUGACGACCCGGCGGAGAAGUGGAAUAUUCUGCUUCCAAACUUGGGCACGACAACCAUGCGCGUGGUGUGCAUGGGACUCCACUUUGUUUGCGGGUCGGUGAUCAGUUUGGCCGGCAUUUGGCAAGUGCUGCCCGUAUCCAAGCAUCCGGAGUGGCUGUCGAGCCACCGCAUCGUUGGGAGAAUUUAUGUCAUUUGUUCGGUUUUGGCCUGCAUUGGCGGCUUCGGGUUCAUCCUCCAACAGCGCAUACUGGCAGGUGGCUGGACAAUGAGCAUUGCCUUCACAGCCUACGGAUGCUGUGUAGUGACCUUUGCAUUGCUGGCAUACCGGACGGCACGGCAGAAAGACAUCGCUGCGCAUCGACGAUGGGCCAUUCGUUCCUUUUCCAUGGGCAUCGCUUCCUUCGUGUAUCGAGUGAUGCUCACCCUUGGUGUCCGGUUGCAUCUCAGCAUGCCGCAGGAUGAGACCACGAGCAUUCCCGAUGCUUCUGGCGUCGUGCCCUUCUUCCACGAUGAUCUGUACAACCAGUUCAUUGCUUGGUUUUUCUUCGUGGGAAGCCUUUGCGUGGUAGAGUGGUAUCUGCGCGCGUCGAACAGCGUGCUAAACCAGCUGCUGCUCUACGGUUUCUUCACAGUGGCUUGUAUUGGCCUGGCAAUCUUCUCGGCCUGGGUGGUGAGGCAGCUUCUGUCUGACGACUCCGAAUCCUGA